UUCAUUUGGCACCAGAUCUUUCCUUCUGAAUGAACCCUUCAAACCUUUCUCUGCAGGGCUUCAAGCUGAGAGAAAUGAAGCUGUCCUUUGUGGGUGCUGCCUUGUUGAUUUCUGUGCUCAGCACAGAUGCCCAGUGGUCUUUUAGACAUUUUGGCUUAACAGGGAAUCCUGGCUUCAGAGAUGAUGCUUAUAUUGGAAACUCUGUUCUACAGCACUCUCCAUUUUGGCCUUUUAGACACUUGGACUCAUCAGAUCACUUUAGACCUGAAAAGCUGAUCCAUUUGAUGGGUAAAUUAGUUGAAAUCUGCAAAAAGAUCUUUGACCAGAGGAGGCCAUGGGAGCCCAGAAGGAACCAUUUGAGAAUAAUGCCAACAUUUAAGAUAUGCUGCAGAAAUCCUUUGAACCUGUAUCAUCGACCUUCUCUAUCCACAUAUAAUUAUCCUGGUUUUCCACAAGGCUACCCUUUUUAUCCUCAAGGUUUCCCAUUUUAUCCCCAAGGCUACCCUAGUUAUCUUCAAGACUACUCUGAUGUAGGCACUGCUCAACAAUCUUUACCUGUCGCCAUCCAACCAUUUGGGUCUGCUGUCCCUCAUUACUAUCCACUCUUUUCUAUGUAUCCUGGAAUAGCUUCACCUGACUAUUCUGACAUACAACAGUCUAAACAUUGGAAUCCAUCUGUCAUUAAUAAGGAUCAUAGUUCACAUCCCCAAGAACCUUUCCUUGCACAAUAUGUGUCUGCUGCCCAACUUCAAACUGGGUCUAUUCCUCCUGCUCUUCAUAGUCCUCAGUAUUCUGGUGGUUCUGCAUUGUCUCUCCCUACUCAACCUGUCCCUCCUGCCUUUGCACAACGUUCCCCUGCUGUCUUUGCUCAACCUGCCACUGGUGCCUUGAUAAAGUGUACUUAUAGUGCUUUUGGAGAACAGAUUGUUCCUACUUUUGGAUCACAUGGCCAUGUUGCCUCUGCACAACAUGCCCAUUCAGUUUUUGUGCAACCUGAGCCUGCUGUCUUUACAAAACCUAAGCCUGCGGCCUCUGCACAACCUAACCCUGUUCCGUCUACACAAUCUGACACUGCUGCUGCUGUACAAUCUAACCUGGUAGCUUCUGCACAAUCUGACUCUGCUACCACUGCACAAUCUGAUACUACUGCCUCUGCACAAUCUGAUACUGGCACCUCUGCACAAAAUGCUUCUGCUGACUCAGCACCACCUACCCCUGCUCCCUUAGCAAAACAUACCCAUGUUUCUGUUGCCCAACGUAACCGUACUACCAGGACACAACGUAACCGUGUGGCCUCUAAACGACGUGUCCAUCCUACCUCUGCACAACUUGCCCCCACUGCUGCUGUACAACCUAACCUGGCUGCCUCCACACAACCUAACCUGGCUGCCUCUGUGCAACCUGACCCUGCUCCCUUGAUACAACAUGUUUCUUUUGACUCAGCACAACCUACUCCUGCUCCCUUAGCAAAACAUGCUCCUGCUGCUUCUGCACAAUCUGACACUGCUGCCUUGACACAACAUGCUUCUGCUAACUCCAUACAACCUACCCCUGCUCCCUUAACAAAACAUACACAUGUUUCUGUGACACAACGUAACCAUACUACCAGGACACAACGUAACCGUGCUGCCUCUAGACGACGUGUCCGUCCUACCUCUGCACAAAGUGUCUAUCCUGCCUCUGCACAACCUGCCCCCACUGCUGUUGUGAAACCUAACCUGGCUGUCUCCACCCAAUCUACUCCUGCUCCCUUAGCAAAACCUACCCCUGCUCCCUUAGCAAAACAUACCCAUGUUUCUGUGGCACAACGUAACCGUACUAGCAGGACACAACGUAACCGUGCAGCCUCUAAACAACGUGUCCGUCCUACCUCUAUACAAAGUGUCCAUCCUGCCUCUGCACAACCUGCCCCCACUGCUUUUGUGAAACCUAACAUUGCUGCCUCCACCCAAUCUACACCUGCUCCCUUAGCAAAACAUACCCCUGCUCCCUUGACACAACAUGCCUCUGCUAAUUCAGCGCAAGCUACUCCCGCUCCUUUGGCACAAGCUACCCCUGCUUCCUUGGCAAAACACACCCCUGCCGCCUUAGCACAAUCUGACCCUGAUGCCUUGACACAACAUGCCUAUAUUGACUCAGCACAACCUUUCCCUGUUCGCUCAGCACAAUCUACCCCUGCUCCCUUGGCAAAAGGUACCCCUGCUGCCUUGGUACAACCUAGCCCUACUUCCUCUGCUUCCUCUGCUGCUCAAUCUCCUAAUACAUCCACAUUGCCUGCCUCGGGAGAACGUGAAUCUGCUGCCUCUGGAACAACUGGUAACUCUGGCAAAGAGACUUCUGCCUCCAAAGUUCAGGAAAUCUAAAUCAAAGCAUCCCCCUACGCAAAGAUCCAGCAACUACAUUUGGGAGAAGAAAAUCCAGAGCCCCCCCCCAUAAGUCUUUGUCUUUCCAGCUUCCCCGAUUUUCCUUCCCAAUCAAGUUUCAAAUGGGGAAUUACAACUUUCUUCAAAGGACUCCAGUAGUUAUACUGAUUUGGGGACACUUUCUCUUAAUUGUGAACACUAGAGCCUCUACAGGAAUAAACAUUUACAAAUUAACAUGUGCAGCAUUA